AUGAAAGCCCAACCGCCUUUCACCGUCACCUUACCUGAUUCCGCAACAAAGCACGAAUUUACACGGAAGAAGUUCAACCUCUUCAUUAGCACCGACGGACGGAUAUCGAUCGAUGACCAAGAGAUGCCGACACUGGGAGAUAUGGAGCUUUUCAUUGCAUCCCAUGAAAACCAGAUCAGUACUCUAAUUAUCAAGGCGGACAAGCGUGCGAAACACGGCGUCGUCAUUGAUGUGGUAGAACGAGCGAAACAGCGUUCCAGUAAAAGGGAAGGGCUUGAAAUCGCUUUCGCGGUCAUGGAAGAGUAA